CUGGUCUCCACUUAUUAACAUAUUACGAAUUUACAUCGAAUUGUUUUAAAGUUUUUCCACUACUUUUACAGUAAUUUAUUUAUUUUUUCCGUCAAAAAAAAGAAACAAAACCCAAAAUUUCCAUCGGAAAGUAAAAAACAACCACUUCAGUUGCAAUGUAAAUAGGAAAAUUGUAUAUUCAAACAAAUGAUAAUUCAAAAAAUGACUCCGAAAAAUCUGAAACUAGGCGGAAAAUGCGCCCAAACUGAAACACCCAAAUUUUCUUGUUGCUUCUUUCUUAAUGUAAAAGCUGAAAAAGGUUUACUUGGCUGACGAGCUAAGAUCAAAAGAUGGUAGAGGCUAAUAUUAAUCGAUAAAUGAGCACCCUUCUCGUUCACCUUCCAGGGUGAAUUAAGUUAUACCCAAUCUUACCUGCAGCAGAUACGAUUUUUCGGAUAAAUUUGAACGCUUUCAGGUGUGGGAGUUCUACGAGAAAAUUUCACUGUUGGUUUUUUCUUAACCUCAAGUUGGGGGAACAGUAUGACAUUGUAUGGCCUUGCUAUUAGGUUUUGGUACAAGUAGAAAAACAUGUCUCGUAUUUUAUGAAGGAAGUUCCUUAGAUAUAGAUAGCUAACGACAAAGUAGUUCCAAUAAGUAUCGUAUUGAAUGAAGAUAACGUGCAUAUCUGUAAGUAGUUUUUUACAGACUAUGUUCAAUCCGUAAGCUAUGCUUUAAUCUUCUACUUUAAUAUUCAGUAAAAUUAGAAGUGUUUCAAAAAUUCUUCAUAAAAUGCAAAUUUCUCGUAGCCCGCACGUUUGUAUAAGUGUAUAACCUGUCUUACCCUAGUUAUUUUUUCUCUGUUUAAGUGUAUAGUUAAUCUUUACUCACUCUUCUUUUCUCUAACAAAAAGCCGUACCUAACGCUAUCCCUGCUAUGAGUUCCUGUUUCUUACUGCUCUUGAUUCUUCUUUGUUUACUUUAUGUCAAACAGAAUUAACUCCAGAUGGGAAUGUCACGGUUCCGGUUUUUAGGCUUUCAAGUUGUGUACCCAAUCAGUUUACGAUAAUUUUGCUUUUUUCAUUUCACCAUUUACCGUCUUUUGUAUUAAUAGCCCGAUGAUAAUCACUCUCAAUUUUUUUUUUUUUCAUCUCGUUAAACGAAUGGUUCGGUUUUUUGGAGACCGUCAACUGUAAAAGACCUUGAACUAAUGCUCUCUCGCUGAUAGUUGUUUCGUGACGAAUUUUAAACUCUAGUGUAGAAUAUUUGUAAAAAAGUUGAAUUUGAGAAGAGCCUGUAGUAUUUUAUUCACUCGAAUUAUUUAUGAAGCAAACCAAAAUUUUACUUUGUAAACCGCUUUGGCUAGUGUUCUGAAGAAGUUUACGCCGAGGCUCAAAAAAGUUAUGGUAGCCGUACUCGAAAAGUUCCAAGUCUUAUUACUUUUGGACUCAACAGGCAUUUCAAAAUAAGGGAAUUGACAUUAUCCAAAGACAAAGAAUUUUCCGAGGCGAACAAAGUAUUUUUAGCAAAGUGUGUUGAUUUAAAACGGCGAAAUAAAAGUCUCUUCUUUCACAGAGGUGACAAAAAGCGCUCGAUAUGUGUGCAAAUAAGGUGUGUCUUCUUGCAACUUUUUUUUUUUGCGAAAUGUUCAAGACAACAAUUAUUGAAUUCGGUUUUCGCAUGAUAUUGUGAAUUAUCGAAACCUCGUGUCUGCGUUUUCUAUCUCAGCCUUCGGCUUCAGCAGAUAACUCAGUCCUCGGUCUUGAUAAUCAGCCACAAUAUCAUGCUUAACCUCAUCCAAUAAUUGCAUAAUAUCAAAUAAUUUUAGAUUGGGCACAGUAAGAUCAUCAAAAAUUCUUCACCCUCCUGAAAAGGAAGAAAUUCAAAUGAACUUUUAAAAAUUUAAAAGAUUGGUGAGUAAAACUGAAAGGUCAAAUCGUCGGAUAUGGUUUACAUAUUAAGAUCAACUGACAAAGGGGUACAUUAUCGUUUAAUCCCUUAAGUAAAGCUUCGUAGAAACUGAAAGCCGGAAAAAUCACGUGAAAAAUGCUUGAGGAUCGAAGCGGAUAUAUAUGAUACGAAAUACGCCAGAUAACAAUAUCGGUCGGAUUUAAAGGGUUUGAACGUUAUCAACUCAGUAUUUUGCUAAGGAAAUCUCAAGAUUGGGUACGAUAAAAUCAAUUUAUGGCUGCUGUAAACACUCUGGAAGAAGGCAAACUAGAAACUUCAAAGGAUGUAGAAGCUGGAGGAAGCGAAGGAGGAAGUAAACAGAAGAAAGAAAACCUUCCACAGAGUGGCAAAGGUCCUCUGCAUUUUUUAAAGAGAAAAUUGAAGUUCGAAAGUCUUAAAAGGACAUUCAACCCAGUGCUUCAAGACAAUUCCAUAACUCUUAGAAACGUCUUCGUCGCUGCUUCGACCUACGGUCUGGAAAGACUGUUGAACGCAGGAGUAUUCCACUGUCCUGACAACGGCUAUCGAAAGUAUGGAUUCGCGUUCUUAUUCGGCCCUGUUUUUAUCCUGUUCUGCGUAAAUCUCUUGGUCAUCGGCGAUGUAUGGAAUCUGUCGUCCCGGAUGUACGUGAAGCGUUACAGGAGACGAGGUGAAUUAAAAGCUAGGGUUUUACCGAGCAUCUUAAAAGCCUGUGUCGGACCGGCGGUGUGGUUGAUUGUUGCCUUUUUGGAUGAAGAUUUUUACUUAUGCGCCACGAUUGGGCCACAUCCACGGAAAGAAAUGAUGCAACAUGAAAAGGACGUUUUGGACCGGAAGCGGAUGGUGGACGAGUGUAAGAGCCAAUCACAUUUAUUGGCAUGGGUCAUAUUAGUCACGCUUGUUGCUCUUGGAACUGUGAUGAUAAUCUGCAGGCGUUAUUACCUUAAAGACAAUCUUCUCAUGGAAAAUCUUUAUUUUUUUGAAAGAAGAGAGGCGCUAAGCGCACAGAAGACGUUUAAAGAAUGUAUGAACGCGGGGAAGCCGUUUACAGAACGAAUGGGAGGUCCUGGUAAAGAGCCUGACCUCGACAAUGAUCCGAGAGUGAAUAAACACGGCAAAAAAGAUCAUGAAAAAGUUACCCUUUAUGAAGAUGGAAUUCCCGAAACAAUAGGAAGGAAAACAGUAGAGGAAAUGUUUGAAGGAUACAGAGUUGACGAAUGGAAAAGCGUCGAUAAAUGGCACUACAUCAUGCCGUACGAAGCCUUUAAGGAAAAGUACCCUCGUAUUUCCACAGGGAGUCCACUUGAUCCUUGGGUAGUGGUACAGGGAAAUGCUUGCGACUCAAAAACUCAGAAGAAAAGCCGUGGCUCAAAUUGUUCCUCGACCGAUUCAGUAGAUAGAGUCAAACCAGCUUCCCAAAGAGGCGAUGUUCAGGAAGCGAAAGAGUGAAUAUUGCUAAACAGACGGAUUCAUCCAACUGCUCUCCACUCAUUAACUUCUUAAGAGUUUAUAUCGUUUCUUUUUUUUUCAGUUACUUCAUCUUUUUUACGAUAACUUCGUUUUUACCAUUGAAAGAACAAAAACCAAAAUUUCCAUUGGAAAAUAAAAAAAAGGACCACUUCAAAUAGUUGAAAUGUAAAUAGAAAAAUGGUCUAUUCCACCAAAUGAUUUUUCAGAACGUCCAUAAUUCACCACUGAAAAGUCUGCAUCUGAGCGGAAAAUGCGCUCAAAGAAGCGAAGCGCUCUAUUUCUUGUUAUUUGUUUCUUGAUGACAAAGCGGAAAAAGAUUUACUUGGCCGACAAGUCAAGAUCAAAAAAUGGUAAAAGCUAAUCGACUAAGUGCAUCCUUUCGUUCGCCUUCUAAGGUCUAUCAAGUUAUACCCAAUUUUAUCUGAGAGUUCUUCGUGCGAAUUUCAACGUUGGAUGUGUUUUUAAUUUUCCUCAAGUUGGGAGCACAAUAUGACACUGUGGCACUGUUAUUUGGAUUUGCUACAGGUACAAAAACAGAUCUCGUAUUUAAUAAAGGUAGUUCCUUAGACAUAAAUUGAGUAAUGAAUAAAGAUUACACGUAUAUGUGUUGGCAUUUUUAACA